AUGCAAAGACUUCAUGAGGAUGAAUUCAGAGUAUGGUUUCCCCGUUCUUGUAGUGAAACUGAGACAUCACCUAACUGGCUGUGCACACUUUUAUUACAAGAGGAGAUAGUGAUGUACCGGUCUCGUCCCUGCCGCGCGCGUUCGUACGGGCGCCGCGCCGCCGUCUCGUCCCCGCGCGCCGAGCGUCUCGUCCGCGCCGCGCCGCCGUUCGUCCCGGCGCCGCCGCCGAUCUCGUCCCGCCGCCGGCGCCCCCAGGCCGUUCGGUCCCCGCCGUCUCGCCCGCCGUUCGCCCCGCCGUCUUCGUCCGCGUCUCGUCCCGCGCCCGCGGCGCCGCGUUGGCCGUCCCGCGUCUCGCCCGCGUCUCGACCCGCGUCUCGCCCGCCGUCUCGCACGCCGUCUCGCCCGCCGUCUGCCCGCGUCUCGUGCCCGCGUCUCGCCCGCCGUCUCGUCCGCGCCGCGCCCGGCCGUGCGACCGUCUCGGUCCGCGUCGCGCCGCGGCCGCGUCUCGUCCGUCCCAGCGCCCGGCCGCCGCUUCGUCCGUCCCGCGCCGCGCGCGCCGCGUAUCGUCUCGUCGCGCGCGCCCGGCCGCCGUUUCUCCGCGCCGCGACCGGCGCCGGCCUUCGAUCCCGCGGCAGGCCGCGCCGCCGUCGUCCGUCGCCGCGAGCGCGCGUCUUACCGUCUGUCCCGCGCCGCAGCCGCGCCGCGUCUCGUCCCGCCGCACGCGCCGGCGGUCGUCUCGUCCGCGCCGCGCCGCGCGUAUCCGUCUCGUACCGCGCCGCGCGCGCCGAGUCUCUGUCAGCGACGCGCGCGGGCGCGUUCGUCCGCCCGCGCCGCGCCGCGUCUCGUCGCGCGCGCGACCGCGCGGCGUCUCGUCCCGAGCGCCCGCGUCCGCGCCGACGUCUCGUCCGCCGCGCGCGCCGCGGCGCGCGCGCCGCCGUCUCGUCCGCGCCGCGCCGCGCCGGCCCGAACCGUCUCGUCCCGGCGCGCCUGCGCGCCUCAUCGUCCCCGCGCGCGCCGGCGCCGCGCCGCGCCGCGCGCCGUCUCGUUCCCGCGCCGCGCCGGCGCCGCCCGUCUCGUCCGCGCGGCGCGGCGCGCGCGCGCGCGCGCGCCGCCGUCUCGUCCUUAAAAUGUCAUAGAAUUUCUGCUCCUCUUAGAUUUCAGUGGAACGCGUGA